ACAUGCCAGCCCUCUACACUUGGCUGCAUGCUUCCUUGGAAGAGCCAAGAAAAUUCCUUUUCUUAGUAGAAUUUACAAAGGUAUAUCUGCACAGAUGACCAUAGGACACAGAGGUUUUGACCACUAAAAGGGAGAAUGGCCCCAGCACAGUCAGUGGAAUUAAAAGAUCUGUUCACCCUUGCUCACUUUAUAAAGAAGACAUGUGCAGAAGGCAUGUCAGAGCUGGGAGAACCAGCUAAAAUCAAAAAUUAUGUUUUCUUUGAGGUGGAGAUACUUGAUGCCAAGACAAAGGAGCAGCUAUGCUUUCUAGACAAGGUGGAACCUAAUGCUACUAUGGGAGAAAUCAAGUGUCUGUUUCACAAAUGCUACCCUCAGUGGUAUCCAUCAAGACAGGCCCUCAAGCUUGAUCCAAAAGGAAAAGCACUUAAAGAUGAUGAAAUCUUACAGAAUCUGCCAGUUGGAACCACUGCCACAAUAUACUUCAAAGACCUUGGUAUACAGGUUAUAUGGGUUAUUGUGUUCCUGGCUGAAUAUGCUGGUCCACUCUUUAUAUAUCUUCUGUUCUAUUUCCGUCUCCCAUAUAUCUAUCACCAUAAGUAUGCCUUCACCUCCAGUCCUUACCCAGUAGUAACCCUGGCCUGCGUAUGCCACUCAUUCCAUUACUUGAAGAGGCUGAUUGAAACAAUAUUCGUGCAUCGAUUUUCCCAUGGUACCAUGCCGCUACGGAGUAUCAUGAGGAACUGCAUUUACUAUUGGGGCUUUGCAGCAUGGCUGGCCUAUUAUAUAAAUCACCCUCUUUAUACACCACCUUCGUAUGGAAAUAAGCAAGUAAACUAUGCACUGGCGCUUUUUUUGUUCUGUGAGGCAGGCAACUUCUCUAUCCAUGUUGCUCUUAAAAAUUUGAGAUUUGGUGGCCCCAAGUCGCAGAAGGUCCCUUACCCAACUAAGAACCCCUUUACCUGGUUGUUCUUCUUUGUGUCAUGCCCUAAUUAUACCUAUGAGGUAGGAGCCUGGCUCGGUUUUACAAUCAUGACACAGUGUAUUCCAGUGGCCCUGUUUACCCUUGUGGGUUUCAUUCAGAUGACAAUUUGGGCAAAAGGAAAACAUGAAACUUACACAAGAGAAUUUAAGGAUUAUCCAGAACUGAGGAUGCCUAUAAUUCCCUUCUUACUGUGAACAGACAAACAGACAGAAAGCAAGGUGAUAAGAACAGUAACAAUCAGUGGCUUAUGGGCUGAGCUAAGACACUCCUGUUGUGCCCUUAAAUAAUGACUGACUCAAUGGCAAGGCUUUUUUUUAUUUCUGUUUUGGGAAAGGGAGAAUUUGAGUUGGCCUGUGAAGAGAGGGCUACAGAUGCUUUCAGUAUAGUAUGAUGCAAGUCCAUUUUACUUGCUUAACAAAUUAAAUUAAAAUAUGGUUUGUAUUGUUUAGAGAUUUUUAAAUUGAGAUGGUUACUGUACAGCUGUGCAAGAGAGGACACAGAGGCAAUGUUUGUUUUUAAGUAAUGUAGUGUCAGCACACUGACCAUCUUCAUAUUGCACUGACGCAAUAUUGCCCGUCUGUGAACAACGGUGUGCCCAAAGACCCAACAGGUCAAUUUAUUGAUGUGCCUGCCUUCCCUUGUCCUCUUCUGUUUUAUCAUUCCUGAAUCCUGGUUUGUAAAAAAAAAGGCACAGAUAUCCCUUCACAGAAUUUGACCACUUUGUAUGUUCUUUCUUAAAUUCACAUAUGGAUUUUUAAAUAAGAAAAAAUAAGCAACUCAACUUCUAUGCUAAUGCACAGCUAUACUGCAUACUGUAUAUGCAUAGAAGAAAUUCUGAAUGGGUGUUUGGAAAAAAGAAUGGUGCUGCAAUAUCAUGUUACAAACAUGUACAUGAAUGAAAAGUAAAUUAUGAGUUUGAUGGACUGAGAGAUUGCCUAAAUGGGAGAUUUCAGAUCUUAAAUGUUCAAAUAUCAAUAUGUUCUUUUGGCUAUGUAAGGAACAAUAGGUCUUGAUACAUCACAGUUAACCUGACAAUUGCCUGAACAUUUGUAUGAGAAUUUAACUAUGUACCAUAGUAUUAUAGGGGAGAAAAUGCAAAGUAUGUAAAUGCAAACACAUCUGAAAUAAAAAGAAUGAAGUGGAUCUUUAAUUGAAUUCAGCAGCAGAAUGUACAGCUGGUAUUAUUUUCUUAGGAAUCUUUCAGGAGCAGCUGAAAAUGUAGUAGAAAAUAUAUUUUGUGAAAUUACGUUAUAGAGAGGACCUUAAUUUAUAUGAGCAUAAUACAUGGACCUCAUUCAGUAGCUGGUUGAAAAUGUUGACUGAGACAAGUCAUUUCCUUCCAAACUCAAAAGAUACAUGUUUAAUAAAAGGUAGAUUUAAAGCAUAGGAAGUAAAACAGAAGACUACGAGUAGGCAGAGAUUCAGAAAGGAGAUGAAUGAAGCAAAUGGAUCAAAAUAUUAAGGUCCUGAAAAGGGGGAAAUGAAUGUUUAAGAUGGAAAUUACUUAUGAGGACUAAAAAUAUUAAGACAGGUAAAACAGCAAUGUUUACAAAUGGAAAAAGUGGCAUGCACUGAUAAAAUGUUCUUUAAUAAUGAACAAAAUGUUCAUAUACUAUAAUGAGAGCUAUAUUAUUCACGUGCUGGAUAAAUGAAGAGCUACUAUAUUCUCAGGUGUUGUUUUCAGUAAUUCUGUGUUUAACACUAAUGCAGCCUUGCAAUUCAUGGUGCUGUUGCUCUGUAUUUUCUAUCCAGAGUGUACAUUUUGAAUAAAAUAUUUGAAUUAUUAAACUAAAAGUGGGUCAGAUUCUUUGUUAAGUCUUUGUCACAAGUCCACACAAUGCAGGAAACAAUAUAAUAUGUACAAUUCAUACAAAAAAAAUAUCUCGAUUUUAUGUGUAUGGUGUUUAUAUUUAAACAAGUACAUAACAGCAGUUUCAGGUCUGUCAAGAUAAUAGCUUUAUCUCUCUUCAAGAUAUACAAAAGAAAAGCAAUAACCAAACCCAUGUGGCAAUUGCCUUUCUGUAUUUGUCUUUACAACUUCUGCAUCUCUCUUAGGGUACAUGGAUAAACCACAACUCUAUUCUGUCAUUUCACAUCCCACGAUUGCACCAAUCCCUAAGUAACAAUCUUUAUAGUGCAAGCAUUUUACCCAUCAUGCAUUGCAAAGGUCUAACAAAAGCAUAAUAAAUGACAGGUAAUGUACAUGAAUUUGUUCUAAGCCUCAGUAAAGUAUUUUUUAAUAUCAUAAAAAUAAUUCUUUAUAUGAAAAAUACUAAUUUGCUUUCAAAACAGCAAAAAUAAACUUGCCCCAAUCAACAGAUAAAGAGAUUAUUUACUUACAUGUUCUUACAUAUACACUGAUAAAUCAAUGGGACGUUCUAGUGUUGAUGAUAUGAUUUAGUGUAUACAUUUAUAUGUUAACUGUAGGGAGUUUCCCACUUGUGGAAUUUAAAAGGUUCUUACCGGAAUGUUGUUCUUGGUGCUGCCAAAAGCAUAGAAAUUCUGCUUUUUCUCUGCAGCUGAAGAAUUUAUAUAUGAUUCACACUGAUAUCAAAAACCCUUCUGUGAAAAUGCCUUUAUUUUGCUUAACUCUAACAGUAGCAAAGGGACAGCUGAGCCAAAAUGACUGAAUCAUGUUAUUUGUGAUGCAAUGUUUCUUCUACACAUUAAGCACAAAAACUAAGCAAAGAAUGAAUUUUUAAUUAAAUGGCAUUGUUAUCCAUGUGCACCAUAAAAAUAAAUUCUUCAGCUUCUGAGGAAACCUGAUGUAUGGUAAUAGUUCUUAGCUAUUGGCACGCGUUUUAGGAUUUCUGGGGGGUAGCAUUAGCUGGAGAGACUCUCACAUCCCUUCUAGCUCCAGCUGCUCUUGGAUGCAAUGUAAUAUCUUCAUCUUCUCCUGACUGCUGCUUGGCAAAAUUCACAAACACCUAGGAAACAGCAUCACAAUGAAACAAAAGACGAAUGACCAACUGCAUAAGAGGUUAAGGAACAAAUGA